GUCAAGGCCAAAAAGUGAAACUCUGAUAGCCGCCUGUGCCUGUGCUUUUCACUCGGGAGCGGGCGCGGGGCUGGGCCUUCGCCAGGGCAUCUCCUGCUCGGACAUGGACACUCGCAAUCUCCCCCUCGUCUCGUCGAAGCCUGUGUCGCAACUGAGCACUGCUGUGUCUCAUCUCAAUAUCGCCUCUGCCCUGGUCGCUCCCGGCUCGUUCCUUUUCCACCAGCGCCCGAAACCGACGUUUCCCGCCGCCUCCAGGUUGCCGGCCAUGGACAAGGCACAGCAGCCCAGCUCGUUUCAGCAGCUGGAAAAGGUGUGUUCUUUGCCCUGAGAGGAUUGUGCUCGUUUAAUAUUGAUUUUAUCGAAAUAUACUGAUUGUGUAGCUUGGAGAAGGUACAUAUGCUACGGUUUUCAAAGGGCGGA